GCUUUUAGGAUUCAUCACGAGGUGGUGUGCCGUUACACUUAAACGCUAACAAUCAGAGCAUUCAUCCCAUGUUUCCUCGUCGUGAAAUCUUGCCUCAAAACAAGGCUGGAGGCUGGAUGUAUUUCUCUUCUAGGCAUUCAACAAAGCUCGUCAACGGCGGGAUCUAGAAAUUCUCCUCGCUGUGCUGGCGUCUGGGCAGCCGGACUUUCCGGUGAAGGAAAUCGCAACCACGAUACGAUGACUGCGAAUUUCGUCCGAGGAAGGAGCCGCACAGUACAUAAAUUUUUCAUCUUUCCGACUCUCGGAUUCUGAUCUUUUACAAAAUCUGUACGGCCUGCCGACUACCUACAGACCGCAUCACCUAGAAACUCCAACCUAGUAGUAUAUUCUAUCAAGAACAGCCGAGGGGUCAUCCUAGCACGAAAAGCCAAAAUACCGGUGUACAACUUUAUUACUCGUGCCGCAAGAAGUUAUUAUUUGAAGGUUUCAAAACGGAAACGUGACGAAAUUGUUUAUCACAACAUCAGAAUGAACGUCUCCGAGAUCCAAAGCGGUAUGAUCUCUUUGUCGGAUCUCCAAGUACCACCAGAAAUCAACAAGAUCGGGGAAGAAGUCGUCAAAGCCAUAGCCUUCACAUUGAUUCCGGUGGAACUUGCCUACUUCUCUAUAUACUUCCACACAAAAGGUGUCAGCCGACUGUUCAAAAUCCUUACGUUUCUUUCACUUGUCACUUUUUGGAUUUCUCUAGUUCUGGCACCGAUAUCUUGUGGUCCGGCAAGAUGUCUUCAACAUUUUGCCAGUAAGCUUACUUUUGCUCCAGUCACACCUCUAUAAGCAUUUUGCUGACUGAUGGUAUUUAGUCGCAAUCGGAACAAUGAAAGUCCUCGAUAUCUGGGCCCGUCAAGAUUCCCUCCCAACAUACACGGCCGGUUCCAAACCUCCGGAUUGGAAACUGGCCUUGAUGCUUCUAACUGAACUUCGUUAUGAAAGUUUCACACCUAAUAGUAUCCGAGUUCUCCGAAAACAGGAGAACUUCAAUGAGCCACUCCAACUUGCUCUCCAUACUCUUGCUUUUGCUUUUUUGCAGUCUUUACCGCAGAACCACUCGACCAUCUUGGCAUUUGAGGUGCUCUUGGCGAUUUACAUUAUCUGGACUUGUAUGCAGAUGACUCUUAGAUAUAAAAGCAGUCCCGCUCUUUUCGGUCCACUUUAUCUCGCGGAUAGCCUGACUGGAUUCUGGUAAUACGCAUCUCAUUCCAAACCAACAACAUCAUGUACUAACAACUCACAGGAGCGAAACGUGGCAUAACGCCUUCGCAUCCCCUUGCACAUCUCUCAUCUACGCACCAAUCCGCUACGGACUCCCAAAACUCGGGGUUCCAAUCGUACUAGCGCGUUCUCUUGGUGCCAUUGGUGCCUUUGGAUUAAUGGCUCUAUUCCAUGUUUUUGCCCUCAGUCCGAUAUUGUCGAACCAGGCGCUCAAGAGGAUUGCGAUUUUCUUCUUGUUGAAUGGGGUAGCGACUGUGGCGGAGGCUAUGGUCUGGGGUCGCAGGAAGCAUUGGAUGAAAGCUGGCCUGGCUUGGGGGUUUGAGACAGCGCUUGCGAGUUGGACAGCGAGUGGAGUUGAUAUCCCUAAUGGGUUGGGGAAGAUUGAUUGGGUGGGUGCUUGUAGGAGUAGGAGUUAA